AUGAGCUUCUUUAAUCUUCCCUCCUUUUCUGAAGAAACAAUGUCCACAGUCUACCUCCUCCUGCUGCUCCCUCUGGUGUCAGCACAGACCUAUCACUGGGGUCCCUGUCCUACUCCCAAGGUGCAGCCAAACUUCAACCUUCAACAGUAUCUGGGCAGGUGGUAUGAGAUUGAGAAGCUCCCUGCUUCCUUUGAAAGAGGAAAGUGUAUCGAGGCCAACUACGCCGUAAGAAAAGACGGUACAAUUCGUGUGCUGAACUCUCAGUUCUAUAAAGACAAGGUGAGGACAGCAGAAGGGACAGCAGUGAUUCCAGACCUGAGAGAAUCUGCCAAACUUGGAGUCAGCUUCUCAUAUUUUACUCCCUACAGCCCUUACUGGAUUCUAACCACUGACUACACCAGCCUAUCUGUUGUAUACUCCUGCGUAAACAUCCUCUAUAUUUUCCACAUCGACUACGCUUGGAUCCUCGGCCGGUCGCGCUUCUUGCCUGAUGAGACCGUGAGUUACGCCAAAGAGCUGAUGAUCAACGAAGGGAUCGACCUGUUUCGGAUGAAGCCCACAGAUCAGACGGGCUGCAAGGAUAACUAG